CACACUCACACGUGCACUAAAAAAAGGAAACUGAAAGCAUACACUGUCUCUAAGAGGGAGUGAAUAUACAUGCUAUAAGGAAGAACAACUUUAUAGAAGACUGACCAUCUGUUGUUAACAAACAUGUCUGUUGACUUUUAUGGUUGGGAGGUUGUGUACGAUGAUGCACACCAACUGCAAGCUAAUCAAACGCCCAAGACUGGAACAGUCUAUACAAUGUAUCAUGGUACCAAAAUCCAAACUGCCAGACAGAUAAUUCAAAAUGGAUUUGUACAAUCCACAGAUGGGAUGUUGGGUCCAGGUGUCUAUGUCAGCAGAGAUCAAAAGAAAGCUACUAGAUACCCCAUUAGUGUCCCAAGAAAUGACAAAUUAGUCCUAAAGCUGAGAGUAGAUGUUGGUCGGGUGAAAAAGAUUGACAGAGACAACCACGAAAUGCAAAAAACGUGGCACGCUAAUGGUUAUGAUACAGCCUGGGUUCCCCCAAACUGUGGUAUGCAGGCUGUUCCUAGUGGCUUGGAAGAGGACUGUGUUUGGGAUCCCAACAGGAUUGAAGUAAUAGACAUUCUGCCUCCAACACCAACCAGCAUCUCCCAACCCAACUACCAAGAACCCACACCGGGGAAGAUCUACGUAAUGUUUCAUGGAACCAAUGUUGCUUCUGCUGAAUCAAUCAUCAGAAAUGGAUUCCGUCAGUCUACAGAGAAAGGAAUGCUUGGUCGUGGUGUCUAUGUGAGCCGAGAUUUCAAUAAAGCAAGAAGAUAUCCCUUAGAUUUACCUGAGAGUGAACGUGUUGUCCUGAAGUUACAUGUUAAUGUUGGUAAAGUCAAAAGGAUUGACAAACAGUAUCACCCUUUGCAAAAGACCUGGCAUGAACAUGGAUAUGACACUGCAUGGGUACCUCCAAACUGUGGGAUGGUACCAAGUGGUCUUGAGGAAGACUGCAUUUGGGAUCCAAAAAGAAUAAAGGUUGUUGAUGUUUGCUGUGCACCUGCACAGCAUGGAUGCAGACUGAAAUAUUUAAUAAGAAAUUUGUAUUUGGCAUCUGGCAUGGUGAGAAGCCAGAGCCUGUUUUCACAAAAUCAGAAUUUAAUCCCUUUGGGGAUGGACAGUGCAGAGUUGCAUAAUAUGUUGGACAAUUUGUCUCUUAAACUACAAUCAUUGUCUACGCGUUUAGACCGACUAGACCAGUUUGAACACGAGUUUCAUGAAAUUGUUACCACAUUCAACCUCCCUGCAUCUGGCUCCACACCUGGCUCUAAUCCUGGUAGCCAAAAGCCUCAGAAUCUAUGGAAUUUGGAGCCUGUGGCGGGCAAUGAUAUACAGCAACAAAUAGGAGGAACGUGUAGUAGGACCAGUCCAAACAAUGGUCCAGGAGUCACCAGCAUGAGUCCAUCUUUAAUGAACACACUACCAAAUGGUAAUUUGCAAGGGUUUAUCAGCAGUACAAAUAGUUCGGCUAAUGUGAGUACUUCACAUACAGAUCAGCUUGCGCAGUAUCAGCAGAACAACUCGCAAGUAAGGCCGGAUUCUGGAGUUAGCUCAGGGCUUAUGGGCUGCCCUCCCUUGGUUAAUUGGUUGGCGGGGGAUUUCAAUUUUUCGUGUGAUGUGCAAGGUGAAACUAGAGGGGUACCGGCUGGAGGUAAUGCUGUUUCCUUGAAUACAAAUUUGGUUAGUAGACUUAAAACAUUAGACAUUAAACUUGUUAAACUGAAAAAGUUACAAAUAGAAAUUUCAUACUUUAGGGAAUGCCUUCAACUAAAGGUGAUUCCAAAAGGUCUCCGUCAGCAUCAGUACCCUACAAGCUUGGAGGCAGAUUCUUUAUUUCAUAAAGAACUGUUGGCCCUGUUUGAUAAACAGAGCUUUGAGUUACUUGAGUGUAUGAUCAAACAUUAUGGCAUUUGGGUUGAAAAUUUGUCCAAAGAUGUAUUGGAAUUGGAUUUGAAUAUCAAAGCUGAUGAAGAAUUUUCACGAUAUAGAUUUGAGUAUAGUUGUUUAUUUUCACAAUAUGCCUACAUGGCGCUGUUGGUUAAGGAAACACGUUCGGUGUUUCCACUUUCACUGAAUAUGUCUUUCACUGUAAUGGUAGAUCGCUCUUUAUGUGUCAAUCUAUAUGCGUUUAAUGUUUAUGAUUUUCAGGUUUAUAAUAUAGACCCGCCUGUCUAUAAAACCCAGCGUACUCCAGGUAUACCAUUAUCUGCAUUUUUAGAAUCUCUGCCUUACACAGCUAUAAAAGUCAACAUACGCCUAAUAUACCAUUAUCUGCAUUUUGGCAUUCAGGGAUUUGUCCCAAAAACCCUUCAUAGUAGGAUUUCUUCAUUUUCAUUAUAUCUUGAGAGCCAGCAUCUUAAGCUGCUUGCUAAAGAUACUAUGGAUGGAACUUCCUGCCCCGAGUGUCAGCCGUCAGGGAAGAAGAAGGUGAAAAAGAUAAGACUGGAAUAUUUCACUGUCCAGCCUCUGCUGGGGGUUUCUCACAAUGUUAUUACAAACCUGGAGACUCACCUUGUUGUGUUGUCGGAUUCCUCUGCCACAUCCGGGUUGGAGGCCAGCGAGGAUCUGGCAGGCACUAUGAGUAUUUGUGGAGCAAAGGCCCACAGCAGGAGCAGUAUGUGGGCUGAAGAAGAUGCACCUGGUUUCAUAGAAUCGUGUCUAGAAAGCUACCAAGAACCCACAGAGGGGAAGAUCUAUGUAAUGUUUCAUGGAACCAGUGCUGCUUCUGCUGACUCAGUCAUCAGAAAUGGAUUCCGUCAGUCUUCAGAGAAAGGAAUGCUUGGUCGUGGUGUCUAUGUGAGCCGCGAUUUCAAUAAAGCAAGAAGAUAUCCCUUAGAUUUACCUGAGAGUGAACGUGUUGUCCUGAGGUUACAUGUUAAUGUUGGCAAAGUCAAAAAGAUUGACAGGCAGGGGCACCCUUUGCAAAAGACCUGGCAUGAACAUGGAUAUGACACUGCAUGGGUACCUCCAGACUGUGGGAUGGUACCAAGUGGUCUGGAGGAAGAUUGCAUUUGGGAUCCCAAAAGAAUAAAAGUUGUUGAUUUACUUCCACCUUCACGGAGAACAAAAGAUCCAACUGAACCCACAGAGGGGAAGAUCUAAGUAAUGUUUCAUGGAACCAGUGCUGCUUCUGCUGAAUCAAUCAUCAGAAAUGGAUUCCGUCAGUCUUCAGAGAAAGGAAUGCUUGGUCGUGGUGUCUAUGUGAGCCGAGAUUUCAAUAAAGCAAGAACAUACCCCUUAGAUUUACCUGAGAGUGAACGCGUUGUCCUGAAGUUACAUGUUAAUGUUGGCAAAGUCAAAAAGAUUGACAGGCAGGGGCACCCUUUGCAAAAGACCUGGCAUGAACAUGGAUAUGACACUGCAUGGGCACCUCCAAACUGUGGUAUGGUACCAAGUGGUCUGGAGGAAGAUUGCAUUUGGGAUCCCAACAGAAUAAAAGUUGUUGAUGUUAUUCAUGUAACUUCAGAAAGUACUUCAGAAGGUAUAUGGUGCAGACUCAUAUGAUUAAUACAAAAGUAAGGUCAAGAUCUGUGUUUGCUCCAAAAUGCAGUGUAAUAAAUGAUAAAGAUAAUUUGUGAAAUCA